GUGUGGUAGUAGUGCUGUGUUGGUGUGGUAGUGGUGUGGUAGAGGUGUGGUGGUGGGCAUGACGCUCUCCCCAACACCACCACAAGUCCAGAACAUAUUAUUGUGACGACCAUCAACCCUCUCCCCCCUCCUCCCCACUCCCCCUUCCCCCACCCUUCUCCCCCAGCAUCGCCUCCCCCAGGUCUAGUAAACCACCACCCUUGGACCCGCUCUUACAUGUCCCCCCUCCCAGCUCACCUGUCUAAAAACACCUGUCGUCAUAAACAUCACUUUAUCAGUCAACAUCGAGGACACGGUCUGUUUACUCCCAGUUUACUUGUCAGGAGCGUCGUCACACCUGUCAUCAUCAUCGUCAUCAUCGUCAUCAUCACAGGUCGUCUCUCAAUAUAUACUGGAUCACCUGCAACAACAACAACAACAACGUCAUUACCUUCGGCAGUAAGUCUUCCCGUCGUGUCGCCCGGAAACCUCCUUCACGCACCCUUGACGAAGCUCCUCUUGCAUCACUCUCGCCAAGACAACUGAGAGUGUGUGUCUUGAGUGAGUGCGUUUAAGUGUGCGUGUGUGACAAUUCAUCAUCGUGUUUCCUCUUACCGUCACGCAAUAUCACCACAAGAAACUGUCGUAAAAAUGCAGUCAGGGUAUUAUUAAGCCGUUGAUGCGUCACACACACACUACUGCCACCACCAUUGUCACGUUACGUCUCUUUAACUAAACCCCAGAACUUGAAAGCAGGACGAUUUGUUUUGGGUUUAGAUUUCCUCGACGAUCUCGCCUCUCUUGUGUGCCUCUGAGUGUGUCGCAGGUGCCUUUUACUCUACUGUGUAAGCUUGUCUUCGGUGUGGAGAGAAAGAGUGAGAGAAGGUGAGAUAAAGUGAGACAGUGAUGGGUCUGUUAUGAGGUGGACAGUGACAGUGAAGAGUAAACAAAGUGUACAGUGAAAAAUAAGGAAAGUAGACAGUGAAAAUAUAAACACAGAUUUGGUGUCACUUUGCUGUGAUUCCAAUUGACAGUGAAGGAUAGGGAAGGAUUGCAAUGUCUUCCUACAGUGAUGACUAAGCCUCGAUUAGUGAACAGUGAAAAGACAGGAGACAGUUGAAGUGUCUUAACGCAGUGACUUCACGGGAUUCAUAGUGGGCAGUGAACAAUUUGCAGUGUCUUAAUUGGUGCUGGACUCGUAGACGUAGACAGUGUAGUAGAGGAAGAGAUACAGUGAUUCAGUGUCUUACAGCAGUGAUUGACCAUUGGCCAAGAUCCCAAUGGACAGUGAAAAAAAACCAGAUAAAGAAGAGGGAUUUCAUGUGUCUUAUUGCAGUGCCCGCUCAGCCUAUAGUGAGUUGUAACUUGAGUGUGUUUCUUGCAACGCGUUAGAGAGAUUAUUAGUGUUUUCUCUACAUUGUCUUGGAGAGAAAUAUACACUCACAUCAACCAAAGACCCUGUGAGUCUUACUUUCUCUCAGUUGGGUCAAGUUACGGUAUCAAUCUGUAGAUUAAUCACCCGAAAGUGUUCAAAGAGGGAAGGUCUUAGUGUGGUUGAGUGAAGGCGUCACUCAUCUGAGUGUUGGGGGUUAAAGUUAUCGAUUGUAAGACGCUGGUGACUCCUGGUGACCUAGUUGUGACCCCUUGGUGACUCCUGGUGACCUAGUUGUGACCCCUUGGUGACUCCUGGUGACCUAGUUGUGACCCCUUGGUGACCUUGCUGUGACCCUUCGUGACUUCUGGUGACCUGGUUGUGACCCCUUGUUGACUUCUGGUUACCUUGUUGUGACCCCUUGGUGACCCCUGGUGACCUGAGAGAAGAUGGUGCGUGUGUCGUGGGGCGGUGAGGUGGUGAUAGCCGACCUGGCUCACGUGGCGGGUGACGGUGGUAAUGGAGGAGAUGGGGACCAGUCGCGUCCCAUCAACGGUGCCCCGACGCCCACCAGCACCACGCCCCUCACCGUCACGCCCACCACCUCAGCAACGCCCUCAGAGACCCCCACGAUAUCUCCGGCGCCUACCCUCUCCACGCCUCCUACGGUGUCCCCGCCUCCUCGCGCCCCCACGGCCAUAGUGGAGGCGCUGUCUGAUGGGGACGAGAGCGCCGUCUCUACCUCCUUCUCGGAUGACCACAGGUCGUUGAGAGACGAUCUGAGAGACGACCUGAGUUCCCCACGACCCCGCAGUCCACGACGGAGGCCGAAGAAGAACCACAUCAUAAAGAUGGUCUCAGACGACGACAACAACAACGGUAACGGGAACGGUAACGGCGACAUCACCAUCAGUAGUGACGAGUACCGCCGCUUCCUCACCCUGAAGGGCAGCCCGCCAGACGCCGCCAAGAAGGCCAAGGAAGAACUGAAGCGGGCCCCGACGGCGCCCUCCGACGACGAGAUCCUCAGGUCGAUGGAUCGUAUGUUGGCCACACUCAGUGACCUCGAGGACGACUUGGAGCCCAUAGACGGCGUCGAGACCGAGUCCGACUCUGAUUCAGACGAGGCCGAGGCCAGACGAGAACUUCUGACUGACAAAUGGCGUCAGUUGUUUGAUAAGAGAGCUUACUGUUGGCCACUCAAGAGCUUACUGUUGGCCACUCAGAGCUGUUGGCACAGAGACUUACUGUUGACUCAGAGAGCUUACUGUUGGCCACUCAGGAGCUUACUGUUGGCACUCACACUGUUGGCCCAGAGAGCUUCUGUUGGCCACUCAGAGAGCUUACUGUUGGCCACUCAGAGAGCUUACUGUUGGCCCUCAGAGAGCACUGUUGGCCUCAGACUACUGUGGCCACUCAGAGACUUACUGUUGGCCACUCAGAGAGAGCUUCUGUUGGCCACUCAGAGACUUACUGUUGGCCACUCAGAGCUUACUGUUGACUCAGAGAGCUUACUGUUGGCCACUCAGAGAGCUUACUGUUGGCCACUCAGAGAGCUUACUGUUGGCCACUCAGAGGCUUAA